GGACAUCUCCGUGUCAACAAAUUCCUAACGUCCGGUGAACAGGUGAUGCUUUCGCUUGGCUGAUGAGAAGCAGGGCCCAUGGAGAAUCCGACGCCGCCGGAGACCUUUGUGGAUGUGGACAAGGGCAUCUGCAUUGGGUUCCUCUCCCUGAUGUGCUUCUUCCUGAUGCUCAUGAUAGUGCGGUGUGCAAAGCUGAUUGUGGACCCCUACACCGCCAUCCCCACCUCCACCUGGGAUGAAGAGCAGCUUGACUGA